AACUAAAAUUGUUAAACAAAUUCUAUUUAAAUUCACAGAAUUUAUCAUAUCUAAAUUCACUAAAUAUUUAAAUUCACAGAAAAUAAAAAUCAAAGUUUUCCCAAACCUGGUUUGACAUUUCGGCGUCGACACAAACAAAUUCCACGCUUUCGGUACGCAACGCUAAACUUCUUAAAACAAAGUUCUAUUUCUGAACAUGCCAACAAUUUUCUAUGAACACAGCCAACUACUCGGAUUAUAGAAUAAAUUACACUUUGCACUUUGACCUAUUCACUAAAAAAUAAAAAUUUAAAUUUAAUUCGAUCAAUACAAUAUGAUGUCCAAGAUGUCGCGCGAUUGUAUUAUCUCUAUGAUAGUUAUUUCAUAUUUACUCGACUACAGCUCGGUGGCCUGGAGUCAUGCAUGUUCGUAGGAUUUCGUGGGCGAAUGGCUUAAAUUACCCGGUUUAAAAAUAACUGCUCUAAAUAAAGGACAACUUCAUAGAUUCACGCGAUCAUUCUACUAGACUAGUAAUUGCCGUGAUUUCGCAUCUAAAUUACGCCAGUGACGAUUGAAAAAAUAAUUGUACCUGGCCGCAACCGAUUGGUAAAUGUUAAGAAGGAUAAUCAGUAAAAUCGUAACAGGUGUACGGUGAAAAGUGCAAAAUUUCUUUGGAUGAUAAAGCGAUAAAGCAUAAUGAUAUUAGUGGCAUGUGGCAGUGAUAAAAAUUAGGUUAUAAUAAAAAUUGAGUUAUAAUAAAUAUUGAGUUAUAAUAAAAAUUGAAAGCGCAAAAUGGAUUUGAAAACCGAUGUCUGGGGUCAAAUUGCCUUGGAAGCAUCCCAGGUGUAUUUGACGGAUGGAGUUUAUAGAAGUCCCUUUGCUGAUACGACGAUAGAAAAAUUACCAGACAAAGUGCUACUGAAUAUAUUCAGCUACUUAACUCACCGCGAAAUAUGUCGUGUGGCGCGCGUUUGUAAACGCUGGCGCACCGUGGCUUACGACACCAGGCUGUGGACGCACGUGUCUUUGAGACCAGAAGUAUCCGGAUUGCACGUUGGUUCUCUCGAAUCUCUGCUGGCUCUGAUAUCCGUACGUUUCGGGCCAUCGUUGCGCUACAUCGAACUCCCGAUAGAGCUGAUAACGCACACGGUUCUCCACGAACUGGCUGCCAAGUGCCCAAAUCUUACGCACAUGCUACUAGAUUUUUCAACAGCUAUGCAACUGCACGAUUUCAGUGAAAUGCAAGCAUUUCCGACUAAGCUGCGUUAUAUGUGCAUCUGUCUAUCCGAGGUCAUUUUUAUGGAAGGCUUUAUGCGAAAAAUUUACAAUUUCAUUAAUGGCCUUGAAAUUUUACAUCUUAUUGGUACUUAUGAGAAAGUUGAGGAAGAGGAGGAAGAAAUUUAUGAAGUUAUCAAUGUCCACAAACUCAAAGGAGCUACGCCAAAUCUUAGAGUUAUCAACUUGUAUGGCAUUAAUUUUGUUGAUGAUUCUCACAUUGAUGCUUUCAGCUCAAACUGUAUACAACUCGAGUGUCUAGCAGUCAAUUUUUGCAACAAAGUUCGUGGUUCGACAUUGAAAACUCUCAUGCAAAGAUCAAAAAGACUGCGGUGCCUUUUAAUGAAUGGAACAGAUCUGAUGAGUGAAUACGUGAUGCAGGUGGAAUGGGACAAAUGUGCCCUGCAGGAGUUAGACGUAACAGCCACAGAUUUGUCGACUGAAUGUCUCAUUGAUCUGCUGGUUCGAAUACCAUCGCUGCGUUUCCUCAGCGCUGGCCAACUCAACGGAUUCAACGACAGUGUUCUCAAAGCAUGGAUGGAAAUGGGAAAUCCGAGAACUCUGGUAUCCCUCGACUUGGACAGAAGUGAUAAUCUUACAGAUGAAGCUUUGCAUAAAUUCCUUUCAAGGCACGGUGGUCAACUAAGUGCUGUACUUUUGAGCGGAAUGGGUCACAUCACUGAUCAGCUGUGGAUGAGUGUGCUACCAGUUCUUACAAAUGCCAAAAUAUUAGUUAUGGGAACAAACGAAAGAUUAGGUGUAAACAUUCAUGUUGAUCAACUUAUGGAUGCCAUCGCCAAUGGAUGUCCAUUACUGGAAAGAUUAGAAUUGAGGUGGGAUCCAGAAAAUCUUAGAUUUUCUGACAAAAGUCAGAAAGCGAUUGAUCUUCUUCGAGUAAAAUGUCUCAAAAUGAAAUGUUUGGUUUUGAGUGAUGGUCGUUAUUACGAAACAGUGAAGGCCAACUUUGAGCGUGCUGACAGAAGCACUGUAGUUCGUACCACGACGUGCUGCACAGUAUCUGCUUAUCAUCUGUUGCAGAAUUAUAAAGAUCUGGUUUUCAAUUAAUUACUUAUUUCAGAAUAAUAUAUCUGGAAAUAUAAAUACAGGCGCAUAACUUAAAAUAUUAGAAAUAUUAGCAUGAAAAGUGAAAAAGGUGUAUAUAAAUAAAAAUAUAAAAAAUAUAAAAUUUGUAGGUUCCUAUAUUUUGUGAACGAUGAUUAAUGAAGACAAUAAUAAUAUAAAAUAU